CUGCUCUCUAACGGGACGUGCGGAGCAGAAUUUGCAAUCGGUCGGUUCGUCAGGACCGGAUCUUUUUCAGGUCCACAUCUAAAAAAAAUAAACAAAUAGAAACAAAAACCCGUUUAAUACUAUUAAAUCAGAAGAGAAGUAGUGGAUUAGCUGCGCUACGGGCGGAGUUACCGUUCAUCUCUGAGUUUGUCAAACUCCCGCACUAGGCAUGAAACGCGCCGUUAAAUAAUUCUGAACGUGAUUUUAAUCGGACUAGUUUCCAUCCAACGACAGGCCUUUGAGUCUUUUAGCUGGAUUCAGGACGUUCCGCCAUGCAGAGUGAGAAAUCCGAGCCGACAGAAAUCAAGGGCGCCGAGCGUCUGAGCAGCGGUGAGGCCGAGAAGAAAGCGCUGGUCGUGCAGCCACAAGCUUCCAAAACCAAGGGGAUAAGCGCGGUCGCGGUGCUCUGGACGUUUGGGAAAUGCCUGGGCGCCCUGCUCCCCGUCUACCUGGCCGGCUACUACCGGGUCAGCACCAGCCUCCUGGUAUGUGGCAUGAUGGUCUACACGGGAUGGAAACAUGCCCGAGAAGCCAAGGAGGCGCGUCUCAAGUCAGCCAUACAGCUGAUGGACAACGAGGAGGAGUUCAUGUCAAGGAAAGUGUCCAAAAUCAAGAGGGACCUUCCCGCAUGGGUGAACUUUCCAGAUGUUGAGAAGGUUGAGUGGCUGAAUAAGGUAUUACAGCAGGUGUGGCCCUUUGUUGGCCAGUACCUCGAGAAGCUGCUGGUAGAGACCAUCGCCCCAUCUAUCCGGGCAUCGAGCACCCACCUACAGACUCUCAGCUUCACCAAGGUGGACAUGGGUGACAAGGCCAUGAAGGUUGUAGGGAUCAAGGCCCACACAGAGAAUGACAAGGGGCAAGUCCUGCUAGAUCUGUAUAUCAGCUACGUUGGAAACGUGGAAAUCAACGUUGAAGUGAAAAGGUACUUCUGCAAAGCUGGAGUCAAAGGAAUACAGCUACAUGGGAUGAUGCGGGUGAUUCUGGAGCCUCUGAUUGGAGAUGUACCCAUAGUGGGUGCAGUCACAAUGUUUUUCAUCCGUCGGCCUAAACUAGACAUCAACUGGACUGGCCUGACUAAUUUGUUGGACGUUCCUGGACUGAAUGUCAUGUCCGACAGUAUGAUUAUGGAUGCCAUUGCCUCUUUCUUGGUGCUGCCCAACCGCCUGGUCAUCCCUCUGGUUCCUGGCUUGCAUGUGGCCCACCUGCGCUCUCCUUUGCCCAGGGGUGUGGUUCGAAUCCACCUCCUCGAGGCGCAGCAGCUAGCUGCCAAGGACAACUAUGUGAAAGGGGUCAUGGCUGGCUUGUCCGACCCGUAUGCCAUUCUGAGGGUGGGCCCUCAGACCUUCACCUCCCAACACAUCGACAACACAGACUCUCCCAAGUGGGGGGAGAUGUACGAGGUUAUAGUCCAUGAAGUGCCUGGUCAAGAGCUGGAGGUGGAGGUAUAUGACAAAGACCCAGACCAGGAUGAUUUCCUGGGCAGGACCAAACUGGAUUUGGGCAUUGUGAAGAAAUCCAUCGUUGUGGAUGAUUGGUUCACUUUGAAGGAUACUCCAUCUGGACGUAUUCAUUUCAAACUGGAGUGGUUGGCUUUGCUGCCGAACACUGAUCGACUUGAGCAGAUCCUAAAGAGGAAUGAAAGUGUCACCACGAAGACUGCCGAUCCCCCUUCUUCAGCCAUCUUGGUUGUAUAUCUGGACAAGGCUGAGGCGCUUCCUAUGAAGAAGGGAAAUAAAGAACCCAAUCCUAUGGUGCAGUUGUCUGUGCAGGACAUCACUAGAGAGAGCAAGACUUGUUAUACAACAGUGAACCCAGAAUGGGAGGACGCUUUCACCUUCUUCAUCCAAGAUCCUCACAAGCAGGACAUAGACAUUCAGGUGAAAGAUGCUGACCGUGUGCAGACGUUGGGCAGUCUGACCAUCCCUUUGUCCCGUCUGCUGUCGAAUGCCAAUCUCUCUCUGGACCAGUGGUUCCAGCUGGACAACUCGGGACCAGCCAGUCGCAUCUAUAUAAACACAGUUCUCAGGGUCCUGUGGUUAGACGAGGAGCGAAUUUCAUCUGAUGAGUCGUCUAAUGUGGCAGCUGGAUUGUCCAAGCAGCUGUCCCAGCACUCCUCUCCUCAUCCUAGCUUCGCCACAGAGGGGCUACUCCGCAUUCACCUGUUGGCAGGACAGAAUCUGGUUCCAAAAGAUAACCUGAUGGGAGGGAUGGUGAAAGGCAAGAGCGACCCAUACGUCAAGAUCAAUAUUGGGGGCGAAACAUUCACAAGUCACGUUAUCAAGAGCAAUCUCAACCCCACCUGGAAUGAGAUGUAUGAGGUGAUUUUAACCCAGCUGCCAGGACAGGAGCUGCAUGUUGAGGUGUUUGAUAAAGACAUGGACAUGAAGGAUGACUUCAUGGGCAGGCUGAAGAUUAGUCUGAAGGACAUCAUUGACUCCCAGUACACUGAUCAGUGGUACACUCUCAGUGAUGUGAAGUCUGGUCGACUUCACAUGGUACUGGAGUGGGUUCCUACAUCAUCAGAGCCAGACAGACUGGAUCAGGUUCUUCACUUCCACUCUAGACAGUCCUACCAGAAUAAGGCAGUUCCCUCAGCAGGCUUACUUUUUGUGUAUGUGGAGCAGGCAGAUGGCUUACCAGUGAAGAAAAGUGGAAAAGAUCCAAAAGUGGGCGCGGAGAUUACUCUUGGAGAAACAUCUCGUAAAACUACAGUGUGUGAACGCACAACGUCUCCCCGGUGGAAUGAGGCGUUCUGCUUUCUGGUUCAAGACCCCAGAGAGGAUAUUUUGGUUAUUAAGUUCUCCCACAGCUGGACUCUGCCCAUUGGCUCCCUGGUUGUUCCCAUUAGAGAGCUUCUUUCUGAACCAGAGUUGGUUCUGGAUCAGUGGUUCCAUCUAGAUGGAGCUUCACCUGAGAGUCAGGUUCUUCUGAGGACUGAACUCAAGAUGCUGAUUCCCAGCAAAUGUCCCGGUGCAGCAGAUAGGCCUAAUGUCACUUCAAAACCAGACCCUCCCCCUGCUCAUCGAAAGCCAGAAACAGACACAGUGCUCAGGUCAAGUUCAGUCGAUGUUCCUCCUGUUGAGACCAUUGUCCCCUCAGAGAUUUUGCAUGAAGAUAACGUUAACGUAAAGGAAAAGACAGCUGACGUGGCUGAAGAAAAGGUGGAGGAACCACCGGCUCCCGCCAUAACACAGCCUCGUCAUACCUCUCCAGACAUCAGCUUUGCCAGUGAGGGGCUGCUGAGAAUCAUCCUGCUGGAGGCCCAGAGUCUGGUUGCCAAAGAUAACAUGAUGGGUGGUAUGGUGAAGGGCAAGAGUGACCCCUACGCCAAGAUCACUGUCGGAGAGGUUGUGUUUAAGAGUCAUGUGGUCAAGGAGAAUCUCAACCCAAUCUGGAAUGAGAUGUAUGAGGUGGUGCUGAGGCCUCAGUCUGGACAGGAGGUGCAGGUGGAGCUGUAUGACAAAGACAUGGACAAAGAUGAUUUCCUGGGCAGAGUCAAGAUCAGCGUGGCAGAUGUAAUCAGUUCUCAGCUCAAAGAUGAGUGGUACACGUUGAAUGAUGUGAAGUCCGGUCGUGUCCGUCUGAUACUGGAGUGGGUUCCGGCUGUGUCCCAUAAUGACACCUUGGACCAAGUGAUGCAGCUGCGGCGUCUCCAGUCCUACCAGAACAAAGCUGUUCCCUCUGCAGCACUGCUUUUUGUUUAUGUAGACAGAGCACACUCAUUGCCUUUUAAGAAAAGUGGAAAGGAGCCUAAGGCUGGAGCAGAGCUUGUGUUUGGUGGUACAUCCUACAAAACCAAGGUAUGUGAUCGCUCCAGGUCACCCCAGUGGAACGAGGCGUUUCAUUUCUUGGUCCAUGACCCUAGAGAGGAGAUGCUCAUACUGAAGCUGUCCAGUGCAUGGGAUCAGCCAAUGGGAUCACUGGUAGUUCCCGUGCGAGAGCUACUCUCUGAACCGCAGCUGGUCCUGGACCAGUGGAUGCAUCUGGAUGGAGCCUUGCCUGAAAGUGAGAUUCUCCUGAGGGCUGAACUCAAGAUUCUUGACUCAAGGAUGACUGAAGCGCCACAGCCAACUGCAACGGAACCAAAGAAAGAGGAGAUGAUCACCACCACUACAAAGACACUCAAAGCAGCGAGUGAAGAGCCAAAAAUCUCCGAGUUGCCAGAGCAUGAGUCUGUUGCAGUGUCAAAACAACCUGAAGCACCAGAAGCAGAUCCUGCACCAGCCACAGAAAAGACAACCGCUGCUGAACCAGCUGCCACUCAAACUACACUUGAUAUGAUCCCUGCUGCUGCUGCACUGGUGGAAGAAUCAACAGGUGCAGACGGGGAUUUCACCCAGCAACACACAGCUGGUAGAGAAGACUUUGAUCUGCUGCAAAAAAAGAGCGCUGGUUUAGAUGAUCUGGCUCACGCCACAGUGACUGGUCUACCUGCUGACACUGUGAAGCCAGCAGAAAUCACAGAAGUACCCAAAGCGAGCCAAGUUCUUCCACCACAUACAACCCCGAGCCAGGACUUUGGUAAAGAGGGGCUGCUCAGGAUUCACCUGCUGGAAGCCCAGAAUCUGGUUGCGAAGGACAACCUGAUGGGCGGCAUGGUGAAGGGAAAGAGCGACCCCUAUGUGAAGAUCAACGUAGGCGGGGUGAACUUUAAGAGUCAUGUUAUCAAAGAGAAUCUGAACCCAACAUGGAACGAAAUGUAUGAGGUAGUCCUGAGGGGGCACAGCGUUCAGGAGAUCAAGCUUGAAGCGUUUGAUAAGGAUUUAGAUUCUGAUGACUUCCUAGGAAGAUUCAGCGUUAAGUUAAAUGAGGUCAUCAGAUCACAGUACACAGAUCAGUGGUACACUCUGAAUGACGUGAAGUCUGGAAGAGUUCACUUGAUACUGGAAUGGGUUCCUACAGUGUCCAGUUCAGGCAGACUCGACCAGGUGCUGCAGCUUCAGUCUCUCCAGUCCUUUCAGAACAAAGCGAUUCCUUCUGCAGCUUUGCUCUUUGUUCAUAUCGAGGCUGCACAUUCAUUACCUUUGAAGAAGAGUGGAAAAGAACCCAAAGCAGGAGCUGAGCUGGUUCUGGGGGAAACAACUUAUAAAACCAAACUGUGUGAGCGCACUUCCAGUCCUCAGUGGAAUGAGUCCUUCUACUUCCUGGUCCAUGACCCAAAACGGCAGAUGCUUGUGGUGAAGUUAUCCAGUGGUUGGGACCAGCCAAUGGGAUCUCUGGUGAUUACCGUCAGGGAGCUGCUUGCAGAGCCACAGCUGGUCCUGGAUCAGCAGUUCCAUCUGGACGGAGCGUUGCCCGACAGUCAGAUCCUGCUGAGGGCUGAACUCAAGGUUCUGGAUUCCAAAAUGGUGGAUAUGAUCAGCGCAGGGACUGUCCCCUGUGGAUCUGGAAACGGGCAGGUGAAGUUAUCCCUUUCGUAUGCUUCGCAAGAGAGAAAGCUCACCGUCAUCAUCCAUGCCUGCAGAGGACUUCUUUCACAAAGUAAGGAUGGCAUAGACAGCUACGUCUCCCUCAUGCUCCUUCCAGACAAAAGCAAGGCCACCAAGAGAAAGACGGCGGUUAAGAAAAAAGACCUUAACCCCGAAUACAAUGAAAGGUUUGAGUAUGAUCUGCCUGCGGAGGAGACAAGGUUCAGGUGCCUCAGUGUAUCAGUGAAGAAUAACUCGGCAUCAUUCAGGAGCAGAGACGUGAUUGGACAGGCUCAGAUUGAGUUGGCCCAGAUUGACCUGAAGUCUGGUGUCACAGAAUGGUUCACUCUGAGAGAUGAAGCUGAAUAGCCACUAUGCUCGCAGACGUCGUAGUCAUUGCUCAACCCGACACUGCUGCUACUCACACUGAUGCCUUCUACUUCCCACUUCUGCAUUCAGGGCCACUGUAGCAGCCCAAUCUACAUCCACUCAGCUCCAUGUGUAUCAUCAUAUAAAAUAGAAGUGGACUGCACUGUUUAUUCACACACACACCAGUACACACCCACCUAAGACGAGAAGGCCUAAGUAGUUGAGGUGAGGAUAAAGUGCAUGUAAGUUAUGAUUGAAGGUUACAUUUCUAUAUGAAGGAAUUUAAAGACUGAGUAGAGGAAGUGAAAAUGAACUCACCCGGGAAGAAGUCAUGUUCUUUUGCUUUCUUUGCUGCUUCUUGUUGCUUUUAAUGUGCAACUUGUUUGAAGUGCAGUAACAUGUUUUUAGAUCAUAGUUUUUUUUAUGUGUCAAUGCUAAUGCAGUUUCAGUAUUUAGGAUUUGGUUUGACGCUAGGCUGAUAUUCAUUUUUUUUUUUUUUUACAGCACUUUGCCAUGUAUCUCUUGACAGUGCCUUUGAAAAAACUUUGGUAUGUUUAUUGUUUACACAUACAUUUUAUUACGUACUUCACCGUUAUGGAAUGAUUUUGUGUAUAUUUGCAAAGAUUGCAGGUCAGAUCGGAUACUGAUUGUCAAAGGAUCGCAACAAAAAUAAACAGAUUUGCACUUCUCA